AUGGCCAACCUGCAGUACUCUCACAGUCCACCAGAGGGCCUCAGCCCGUAUGUGACCAUGUCCAAGCGUGCGCAUCUUUUCUACGCAACUCCAAAUCAGAAUCGACGUACGUUCGAUAUCUUACGGAAAUAUCCACAACAAACAUGGCGGACGGUUUCUGAAAAUCCUCACACAGAGUACGGACUGACUGAAAACCUGCAGAGAACAGUGGACAGUGAGAAGCUGAGUUCAGAGAAAAUGUCCAAACAGAAAGUCGACCUGCAGGCGCUGCCGACCCGAGCUUAUCUGGACCAGACUGUGGUUCCCAUCCUGCUGCAGGGACUGUCCAUGCUCGCUAAAGACAGACCUCCUAACCCAAUAGAGUACCUGGCCGCGUUCCUGCUGAAGAACAAGAGUCAGUUUGAAGAGCGAAACUGACACAUGUUUGUUUGUUUGUUUGUUAGUUUGUGUUUUUAUUAUUUCACAUUAAAGUUUUCCUCCAUGUGAACAGAA